UAAUUGCAGUUUCUUUGUGUGUUCCGGAACAUCCAAAUGUUUAUUUAUUCUACAAAUGUUUGUUUAUUCUACAAAUUUUGGACUUUCAACUAUAUCUACUUCCGUAUCUUAUUUAAAAUACAAUGCUUAUCAGAAGUGUAUUAAAAAAUGGGUUCCAUCAUAAUUUGCUCUGCACCAAGUUGACAGCAAGAACAUUAACAGUUAUGAGUAGCUUGUUCUGUGAAAUAUAUAUAAGUUGCAUCUACCAUCUAUUUUGUAGCUGCAAGUUAAUUUGUAGAGAUAUCUAAGCUCCCUGAAUCAUGAAACUUUCUUCACUGCUAGCUCCCGUUGCCAAGAGGUUAGAGGGUAAAGUAGCUGUAAUUACUGGUGGUACUGGAUGCAUUGGUGGAGCGACGGCCCGUGUCUUUGUGCAGCAUGGUGCAAAGGUGGUGAUUGCUGGUCGUCAAGACGAACUAGGGCGAUCUCUGUGCAAAGACCAAGAUGAUCUUUCUUAUGUCCACUGUGAUGUUACUAAUGAAUCGGAUGUCCAAAAUUUGGUUGAUUUCACCGUCACCAAGCACGGUAAGCUUGACAUUAUGUUUGCUAACGCUGGCAUCACAGGUCUGCCUGAUCCAAGAAUAUCAGCCACAACAUAUCAAAAUUUCAAGAGUGUGUUCGAUACUAAUGUGCUUGGUGCAUUCUUGUGCGCCAAACACGCGUGUAGAGUCAUGGUUCCUGCAAGAAGAGGCAGCAUUUUGUUCACUUCAAGUGUUGCAUCAGUAGUUCAUGGAGAUGUCCCGCAUGCCUACUGUGCUUCAAAGCACGCGGUCUUGGGUCUGGCGAAGAAUUUAUGUGUGGAGAUGGGGAGUCACGGGGUACGAGUGAACUGUGUGUCUCCAUUCGGAGUGGUGACUCCAAUGCUGAUGAAAGGCCUGGGAAUGAGUGACAAGGAGAAGGUGGAGGAUUUUAUUGCAGAAAUUGCGAAUUUGAAGGAGGCGACGGUGGAGGCAGAGGAUGUAGCUGCGGCUGCAUUGUACUUGGGAAGCGACGAGGCCAAGUACGUGAGUGGUGUGAACCUUGUAGUGGAUGGAGGCUACAGCACUACAAAUAUUGCUUUGAAGGAAUCACUCAAGAAGAUGUCAUUCUAAGAUCACUUGUUCCAUUCAUGUAAUAGUCUAUUGAACAUAAAAGUCCAGAUUCUUAACGCAGACUUAAAGCUAUAUAAUUUCGAGUUAUUUUUUGAUCA